UUAUUUAUAUUUACCACGGUUUUAAUAUAAUUAUUUACUUUCAAAUUCUCUUUAAUCAAUGUGUAUCAAUAAUACAUGUGUAGGCAUUUAAUUUGUUGUUGGGCAAUACCUACCUAACCUAUUGAUCAGUCUUGAAUACUCUUGAUCUCAUCUUCUUGGAUCAGCCAAUCUAAAUUAAAAGAUUUCACCAGUAUCUCUACUGGAAAAUGGCAGAGGUGGAAGUAACAAAUAUGGGCAGCCCUCUAAACUGGGGUAUAGCGGGCGUGGGCAUGAUAGCGCACGACUUCCUAACAGCCCUGGCGACGCUGCCGGCGUGCCAGCACCGCGUGUGCGCCGUCGCGGGCAAGGAGCUGGAGCGCGUGCACCGGCUCGCCAGCCUGCACAAGAUACCCACGGCCUAUGAGGGAUACGACGCGCUGGCGCAAGACACUUCUGUAGACAUCGUGUUCAUCAGUGUCCUGAACCUUCAGCACUAUGAAGUGGCUAAGCUGAUGCUGGAGAGUGGCAAGCACGUGCUGUGCGAGAAGCCGCUCGGAAUGACGCACAAGCAGACCAAGUCGCUGGUCGAGUUGGCUAGAGAAAAGAAGCUGUUCCUUCUGGAAGGCAUGUGGUCCCGGUUCUUCCCCGCGUACGAGGCUCUGGACCAGCACAUCGCGGCGGGCGGGCUCGGCGACGUCUACCACAUCAAUGUACAGUUUGGAGUCGAAAUCAACGACAUCGAAAGAAACCUGAUGAAAGACCUAGGCGGCGGCGCGGUGCUAGACCUAGGCGUAUACAUGCUACAACUAGUGCAGUUCGUGUACAAAGACGCUCCCACAGAUAUCGUGUGCACGGGACACCUCAGCAAAAUCGGCGUAGACGAAUCUAUAUCGUGUGCCCUUAAAUAUAAGGACGGGCGGACGGCGACACUGUCGGCGCAUACGCGAGCCACGAUGACCAACAAGGCCGAGAUCAUAGGGACCAAGGGCACUAUUGUGCUGGAAUACUUCUGGUGCCCGACGGCGCUGCACAUCUCGGCCGCCAACAGCACGGAGUGGUCUCUACCGCGGGGACAGUUCAAGUUCCACUUCCACAACAGCGCCGGCCUCAGUUACGAGAUUCAGGAGUGCUAUGACUGUAUUAGUGAAGGUUUACUUCAAAGCCCAAAGAUGACACUAGAUGAAACGGUCCUCCUGGCUAAACUAGCUGACACGAUGCGAUCGCAAGUCGGCGUAUUAGAAAAUGAACUAUGACCCAAUAAUGUAAAGUAUAAAUCUGUUCGUUAGAUUAAGGCAGCACUUACCUACAUAUUUUAUUAAGGACUGUUGCUUGAUGUGACUUAAAAUCGCUUUAAUUAAAUUAGUUAAGAACCUUUUAGUAUUAUCGGAUCACCUGUAUCAGAAAGUAGGUAUUCAUAAGAUGUCGUUUUCUAAAUUUCAAAUUUAAUCCCUGUGCCUACUGCUUAUAUGAUUACCGGUUUAAUCUUGCCAUUUGAUGUUAUUAUGAUACAGGUGUAGAACUACGAACAAAGAUGUGAUGAGAGAUAUAUAGAUAAGAGGCUCGUAUACACUUAAUGUAAAUUACUUAAAAUAUAUCGCCUUCAGUAUUUACCUCAACUAACUGUGAUCGAUACAAUGUCCAGACACAAGUGCUUACUUAAAUAUUAUACAUUUAAAUUGUUGUGAAACGGUUGUUCGAUAUAUUCAUUUAUUUAUAUUUAAUGAUAAUAAUAAAAAAGAAAUUUAACAGUUAAA